AUGGGUAUUUUGUGUCGACAUGUGUUUGCAGUUCAGAAGAAUAAUCAUAUUGAGGAGAUACCGAAGCAAUAUAUUCUGCGGAGGUGGAGAAGGGAUAUUAUUUCUAGCCAUUUGUUGGUCAGUAAGAAUGGGCUUGGUGAAAUGGAAGAUGAAACUUUUAAAUUGUUAACCGAAGCAUAUAGUAACAUAGAGUACUGUCUGGAGCGUGUUCAGAAUGAUAAGGAAAAAUUAAAAGAUUUUGUGAAGAACACACGCACGAUGAGGAGGGUUUUUGAGCAAGAUCCGGUUAAUACUAUUGGAUUGGAUGAAAGAGAUGAAGCUGUGUUUAGACUAUUUUGGGUUAGUAUUCCAGACCACAUAGAAAUUAAUGUCCCCUCAGUGAUACAUAAAAAGGAAGUGGUACUAAGAAACGGAUGGUUAGUGCAGCGGAGAAGGCAUCUGCAUCUUCAAAAAGUGGUUCACGAAAGUGCACAGGAUGAAACUUAUAUGUGA